GAAGAAAUGCUAGCGGUUUUCGACAAAUCGGUUGCCAAGAGCCCAGAUGCUCUUAAUUCUCCUGAUAACCAUCAGGAACUUUCUGCUCUCAAGAAUGGCUUCUUAGCUAACCACUUUGCCACUCUUUAUCCUGGUUCUGUCACCAUCAGUCUUGGCUCUUCUGGCGUUAUGGCUUAUUCUCUUGAAAAACAGAACCCACUUCUCCCCAGACUGUUUGUGGUUGUGGAUGACAUAUUUUGCUUGUUUCAAGGCCACAUUGAGAACAUUGCUGUUCUUAAGCAACAAUAUGGCUUGAACAAAACAGCAAAUGAGGGGAUCAUUGUAAUCGAAGCUUACCGAACCCUCAGAGACAGAGGUCCUUACCCUCCUGACCAGGUGAUAAGAGAUAUCCAGGGGAAGUUUGCUUUCAUUAUCUAUGAUAGCUCUUCAAAAGCCACAUUUAUAGCUUCUGAUGCUGAUGGAAGUGUACCUUUCUUCUGGGGAAUCGAUGCUGAAGGCAACCUUGUUCUUGCGGAUGAUGUGAAGACUGUCAAGAAGGGCUGUGGGAAGUCUUUUGCUCCAUUCCCGAAAGGGUGCUUCUUCACUUCUUCUGGAGGGUUAAAGAGCUAUGAACACCCCCUCAACGAGUUGAAGGCAAUGCCUCGGGUGGACAGUUCCGGUCAAGUUUGUGGCGCAACUUUCAGUGUGGACGUGGAUGCGAAGAAGGAAUCAUCUGGAAUGAAAAAAAUUGGAAGUGCUGCAAACUGGUCCACAAACUACUGAGCUUUAGAAAUGGUAUCAUGUUUGAAUUUGUGGGUUCCUAUUUUCAAACCAAGACAACAGUUUUAUGCAGUUUGCUUACACCAUUAACACUGAGCUUGACAUGCACCAUUACAUGAACUAAUAUUUCUAUCAUAAA